GUUGCCAUUUGUUUAGCGUUGUUCCCCGCGUCUUAGUUGUCGACUCUCCAGGAUUGACUACUUCUGAGGCAGGAAGUUUACAGGCGUUCUCUAGUAAAUGCUACGAAUUGGGCGAGGGGUGUAGAUCUUGACGCAGACAAAAUGAGUAUCGCCGGCGUUUUUCAAAGCUACACCCAAGGAAAGGGUGAUAUGGACAGUCGUACUCUUGUCAAAUUGUGCAAGGAGACUGGCGUGAUCGACAAGCAGACGACACCAACUGACAUCGACCUGAUCUUCACCAAGUGCAAGGCAAAAGGUGCAAAGCGCCUGACGUGCGAAGACUUCGAGAAGGCUGUGGAGGAGAUCGCGAAACGCAAGAACAAAUCCGUAGACGAGAUCACUCAGCAGUUGUGUUCUUCCUCGGGGCCGUCUUUCUCAGGUACCAAAGCAGACGCUGUCCGCCUACAUGACGACAAAUCAACCUUCACAGGCGUCCACGCACAUGGCGGACCCUCCACUGUGGACACGCCCUCCAGAGGCCAGGCGGCAGGGCUUGGACCAUCUGGUGCGACUGCUCAAAUAAGUCUCGCCGAUAUCUGCGACCGGUCCACUCCAGAUAUCCGAGGCGUGAACAAGAACUUCCAAAAGUCGUGAUUUGCGGCGGUAGCGGCUCCACGAUAUGAGACUGGUUCUCGAACGCAUGGGAAGCUUUUCAAAAGCUUCUUAGUCAUUCUACAGUUUGCUGAAUCCCCAACCGGCUACCGUGCCUGACAUGUUCCGGCUUCAAAGAGUCACAAGGCAGCUUCCGUCGAGUGUGUACAGUUGCUGUGGCCUGUUGGGGGGAAACAUGCAAGUGGCGCUGUAUUUCUUUUUGUCGAUCUUGACCAUAGACGCAGUCGUUCUUUUGGUCUGAACGCUCCUUUCCGUCUAGCUUUGGAUGAGCUCUCGUGUUCGCUCAGGGUGUGGUCUGUAGCAAAAGUUUGUGUCUGGCGUAAACCGUUUCUGGCCUCGGUAAUGAAAUCUGCUUUUGGGUCCUGGUUCUCAAGAACUAACAAGAUAUCCUAUUCUCUGACACCCUU